UAUUUGACAUUAGUUGUUUUCUGUCUCUCUGUGAAAUUAAGUUACAAUUAAUAUCUCUUAAUAAGAUUAAUAACUCAUAAAUCUAUAUAAUACGAUUUUUAUUUAUCGAGAAGUAUCGGAAAAGGCAUUCAAUCGUAUAUGAAACUGCAGCAAUUGCUAGCAAAUUAACAAAUACUAUACUGCAAAGCAGUCUGACAUUGCCACGGAAUCAUGCCUAAAAGAGGUGGUAACAGGGGCAAUGGUAAUAGGGGAAGCUGGAAUUCCACACAUUUCAAUAGCAGAUUUAGAGAUGAACAUGAUGACCGAACAAAAGAUAGCACUCGCCGUGUUAGCUUCAAGACAAACCAAAAUCGUCAUCAUGGUGGUCAAAAAUUUAAAAACUAUGAAGUGUCAGUCCGAGCACACCUUUUGGAUGAAGAUAUUGACAUGACUGGAUUGAGUACAUCCCAGGUCAGACCUAUAAAUCGAGGAAACAGGAGAGGAGAUAGACAUGAGGGACGAAAUCGUAAUUCGCCAUUGCCAAAUAAAAAAUUAUUACCAGGACCAUCAGGUUUCUAUGAAGUGAUGAUACUAUACAUGAGAAAUUAUGACAAGGAUUUCAUAAUUAAAACUAUUCAUAGUCGUAUACAACCUGAUCCAUUUCAUCCUCUGUACUUCAAACUGGAUCAAGAUAAAGCUAUCUUUUAUGUUGAUAGUUUUCCUAUUGCAGAAAAAAUCUUCAAGCUAGAUAGACUAAUUACUUUACCAAAUGGACACAAAAUGAUAAUAAAAGUUCGAUCGGGGAUACCUCAACUUACCAUCAAUGAAAACCUUCGUGAAAAAAUGAUUGCAGCAUUUGCUAAAAGAUAUAACCCAGCUGCGAAAGCAUUAGACUUGUCUAGCUUUCAUACUGAUCCUGAAUUAUCUGAUGUGUAUUGUUCUUUGGCUAGACCACAAGUUAUGAUUGAAGCUAUUGGUAUAAUAGCUUCUAGAAUACCAGAUUUAGUAGCUUUAAAUUUAGACAGCAAUAAAAUUCAUAUCACAGAUCACAUGAAAUGUAUAACUGAAAAAUUACCUAAUAUCACAAUAUUGCAUUUAAAAAAUAAUAAGUUGCUACAUACAAGUCGUUUAGAGGUUUUGAAAAAGCUACCGUUGGUGGAACUGAUUUUAGAAGGAAAUCCAUUAAAAGGCAAAUUUAGAGAUCCUAGUGUUUAUGUAAGAGAAAUUCGAAAAUUGUUUCCAAAGUUGGUGAAAUUGGACGGAGCAGAAAUUCCACCAGAGAUAUCAUUUGAUUUGGGAGAAGCUGUUGACUUACCUACAUCUAAAGCUUCUUUUCUUUGCAAUGCGGGUGCUGAGGGUAUUAUUCGGCAAUUUUUGCAGCAAUAUUUUACUAUUUAUGAUUCUGAGAGCAGACAACCCUUGCUAGAUGCAUAUCAUGAAAAUGCAAGAAUGUCCGUAUCUGUUUUCUUCACCACUGAAAAGAAUACUGUGUACCAUAAAGUUAAUCGUAAUUUGUUUCGCUGUCGAGAUAUUGAUUCAAGACACAGAACACUAAAAGAAGGCCGCUUGCAUGUUGUAGCACAUCUAACAGAAUUACCAAAAACGCAACAUGAUCCUACAUCAUUCGAAGUAGAUCUGACUGCUUGUACCCCUGACAUGAUGCUCCUGUCCGUAUCUGGACUUUUCAAAGAAUUAAAUGGUGAAAACGAUCCACCAAUUCGAUGCUUCCUUAGAGUUAUGGUUAUUGUACCUGCUGGAUCUGGAUUUUGUAUCAAAAGUGAAGAAAUGGUUAUAAAUACUGCAACACCUUCUCAAAUUAAAGGAGCUUUUCAAGCUCCAACAGCUCCUGUAGCAGGAACCUCUGUGCAACCUGUACCUGUAUCAGCUCCACCAGUUGCUGUAGUAAUACCAAAUCCGGCUGUGAUUGAUGAUUCCACUAAAAAACAAAUUAUUCAGCAGUUAUCAGCGCAUACCAAUAUGAACCUUGAGUGGUCAGAAAAAUGUUUGAUGGAGACUAAUUGGGAACUCCAAAGAGCUGUAUUUGUUUUCACAGAACUGAGCAAAGAAAAUAAAAUACCUCCAGAGGCUUUCAUAAAAUAA